AUGGCUUCGACAUCAAAGUGUGUCAUCGAUGACGAAGUUGCCCUGCUAGACGUCCUCGAUACUGCCGGUCAAGAAGAAUACUCCGCAAUGAGAGAGCAAUAUAUGCGAACUGGCGAAGGUUUCCUGCUUGUCUACUCGAUCACCUCGCGACAGUCUUUCGAAGAAAUAAUGACUUACCAGCAACAAAUACUUCGCGUCAAGGACAAGGACUACUUCCCCAUGAUUGUCGUUGGAAACAAGUGCGAUUUGGAGAAAGAACGAGUAGUUUCCAAACAAGAGGGCGAGGCUCUGGCACGGGACUUUGGCUGCAAGUUUAUCGAAACUUCUGCAAAGUCGCGCAUCAAUGUCGAAGACGCCUUCUACGAUAUCGUUCGCGAAAUCAGACGCUACAACAAGGAGAUGUCGUCCUACUCAUCCGGAGGCGGUGGCUACGGCUCCCGUUCCCCCGAUAAAAUGGAGCUCGACGAACGGGGCGAGAGCAGCGGAUGCUGUGGGAAAUGCGUUAUCAUGUAA